AUGAAUUACAUCGUUAAGCCGAAGGUCUUUGACGCAAUCCGUUGUUGGAUGUACUCGGUUGAAUGGCAGAAGCGUGGUUUACCACAUGCGCACAUUCUGCUUUGGAUGUUUGACAAGGUCCGACCAGAUCAUAUUGAUUCGAUCAUUUCUGCCGAAAUACCAGAUCCAGAAACAGAUCCUGAGCUGCAUUCUGUUGUGACCACGAACAUGAUACAUGGCCCUUGCGGAACUCAGAAUCCUGGGUCACCGUGCAUGCAAAACGGAAACUGCAGUAAGCGUUUUCCGCGUCCGUUUGUGGCUGACACAAUCAGUGGAAUCGACGGAUAUCCAUUGUAUCGGCGUCGUUCUCCAGAUGACAACGGCAGAUCAAUCAUAAUGAAAGUAAAGGGAAAAGAUAUGGUGGAUAAUCGCUGGAUCGUUCCAUAUUGUCCACUUUUGUCGAAAACGUUCUCAAAUCACUGCAAUGUUGAGUAUUGCAACUCCAUAAAAUCUAUCAAAUAUGUGAACAAAGGGAGUGACAUGGCUGUGUUUGGCAUUGCUGAUCCAAAUGCAAACGAUGAGGUGAUGAAAUUUCAACUUGGACGUUACAUGAGUUGUAAUGAGGCAAUUUGGCGGCUGUUUUCAUUUGCAAUUCAUGAACGUCACCCGACUGUCGUACAUUUGGCAGUUCACUUAGAGAACGGCCAGCGUGUAUACUUUACGGAAGCGAACGCAGCGCAAAGAGCAGAACGACCACCAGCGACGACAAUGACAAAUUUUUUUUCGUAA